AUCUUCCAGUUUUCAACCCUUCAUAUCAUCUCUCUGACUCUACUCCCUCACUUUCAUUUCCUUCAAACACCCAUCUUCCUUAUUUUAACACCGCCCCCCCAGCCUGAAACUCUCUCACAAACCUCUCUUCUCUUUCUUUGUCACCAUCCACAAACAAAACAUUGACAAAAACACACCUCUAUCAUCUUCUCCAACAUGUUCCUUCCUUUGCUGUCGCCACACUAACACAAAACCAUCUACAACAGCAACCCAAACCAAAGAUUUUUUCUUCUUUUUUUUUUCUUUGAUCUUUUUGAGAAUUCGAAUGGAGUUUUGAGGUCCCGCCGGUGAUCCGAUUGCGUUUGUAAAAGUUCCCAGAGAGAGAGAAAAAAGAAAAGAAAAGGACGUGAUGAUGGCGGUGACCUCAUCCUGCAAAGAAGGGAACAAGAUAGCAAUGGAUAAUGGGAAAUAUGUGAGGUACACACCCGAGCAAGUCGAAGCUUUAGAACGUCUUUACUAUGAAUGUCCUAAGCCUAGCUCUAUGCGUCGUCAACAGCUCAUUCGUGAGUACCCUAUCCUCUCCAACAUCGAGCCUAAGCAGAUCAAAGUUUGGUUCCAAAAUCGCAGAUGUAGAGAAAAACAAAGGAAAGAGGCAUCUCGUCUCCAAGCUGUAAACAGGAAGUUGACAGCCAUGAAUAAACUGUUAAUGGAGGAGAACGAUAGGUUACAAAAACAAGUUUCCCAACUUGUUUGUGAAAAAAGCUACUUUCGCCAACAGUCUCAACAGCAGGCGGGGUUAGCCACCACAGAUACAAGCUGUGACUCAGUGGUGACAAGUGGUCAUCAACACCAUUUGACUCCUCAGCAUCCUCCAAGGGAUGCCAGUCCUGCAGGACUUUUGUCUAUUGCAGAUGAAACUUUAACAGAGUUUUUAUCAAAGGCCACUGGAACCGCUGUGGAGUGGGUCCAAAUGCCUGGGAUGAAGCCUGGUCCGGAUUCUAUUGGAAUCGUUGCUAUUUCUCAUGGUUGCACUGGAGUGGCAGCACGUGCAUGCGGGCUUGUGGGACUUGAUCCUACCAGGGUCGCUGAAAUCCUUAAAGAUCGGCCGUCAUGGUUCCGUGAUUGCCGAGCUGUGGAUGUUAUAAACGUGUUGUCCACUGGAAACGGUGGGACCAUUGAACUGCUUUACAUGCAGCUCUAUGCGCCGACAACUUUGGCACCAGCUCGUGACUUCUGGUUGCUGCGCUACACAUCUGUUUUAGAAGAUGGUAGUCUUGUGGUAUGUGAAAGAUCACUUAACAAUACUCAGAACGGUCCGAAUAUGCCGCCAGCAGCGAAUUUCGUUAGAGCAGAAAUGCUGCCUAGUGGUUACCUAAUUAGACCUUGUGAAGGCGGUGGAUCCAUCAUUCACGUUGUUGAUCACAUGGAUUUGGAGCCCUGGAGUGUUCCUGAAGUGUUGCGCCCCCUCUAUGAGUCCUCAACAUUACUUGCUCAGAAGACAACAAUGGCGGCUUUGCGUCAUUUAAGGCAGAUUUCUCAAGAAAUAUCUCAGCCGAAUGUUACUGGUUGGGGAAGAAGACCUGCAGCUCUACGUGCACUCAGUCAGAAAUUGAGCAAGGGCUUUAAUGAGGCUGUUAAUGGAUUUACUGAUGAAGGAUGGUCUAUGUUGGAAAGUGAUGGUGCUGAUGAUAUUACCCUCCUUGUGAACUCCUCUCCUGGCAAGAUGAUGGGUAUAAAUCUUUCUUACAGUAAUGGAUUUCCUUCGGUAGGCACCGCGGUUCUAUGUGCCAAAGCAUCCAUGUUAUUGCAGAAUGUGCCUCCAGCAAUACUUCUCAGAUUCUUACGAGAACAUCGAUCGGAGUGGGCUGAUAGUGGCAUUGAUGCUUACUCUGCUGCUGCUAUCAAAGCUGGUCCCUGUAGUUUACCGAUGUCUCGAGGUGGAGGUUUUGGUGGUCAGGUCAUUCUUCCCUUGGCUCACACAAUCGAGCAUGAAGAGUUCAUGGAGGUGAUUAAGCUGGAAAAUAUGGGUCACUAUAGAGAUGACAUGAUCAUGCCUGGUGAUAUCUUCCUUUUACAGCUGUGUAGUGGAGUUGAUGAGAAUGCAGUUGGAAGCUGUGCUGAACUCAUCUUUGCCCCCAUUGACGCUUCAUUCUCCGAUGAUGCACUUAUUAUUCCUUCCGGUUUUCGCAUCAUUCCCCUCGAUUCCGGAACGGAUGCAUCAAGUCCAAGUCGUACACUUGAUCUUGCCUCCACACUUGAAGUUGGAACUGCUGGAAAUCAAACAACCGGUGAUCGUUCUGGUCGAUGUGGGAAUUCAAAAUCAGUGAUGACAAUAGCAUUCCAAUUUGUGUAUGAGAUCCACCUUCAAGAAAAUAUAGCUGCUAUGGCUCGACAGUACGUUCGUAGUAUCAUUGCCUCGGUUCAAAGGGUAGCAUUGGCACUGUCUCCUUCCAACUUUGGCUCUCAUGCUGGUUUUCAGUCACCUCCUGGUUCUCCUGAAGCACAGACACUAGCUCGUUGGAUUUGUCAAAGCUAUAGGUGCUUUCUAAGGAUGGAACUGCUCAAACAUGAAGGAACUGAAUCCAUUCUAAAAUCGCUUUGGCAUCACACAGAUGCAAUUCUAUGUUGCUCUAUGAAGGCACCGCCGGUUUUUAUGUUUGGCAAUCAAGCAGGACUUGACAUGCUUGAAACAACCUUGGUUGCCCUUCAGAACGUAAGCUUGGAAAAAAUAUUUGAUGAAAAUGGAAGAAAAGCCCUCUUUGCAGAGUUCCCACAAGUAAUGCAGCAGGGUUUUAUGUGCCUACAAGGUGGUAUUUGUUUAUCAAGCAUGGGGAGAGCAGUCUCUUAUGAAAGAGCAGUGGCUUGGAAAGUGGUAAAUGAUGAAGAAAAUGCUCACUGUGUCUGCUUCAUGUUCAUAAACUGGUCUUUUGUAUGAAAAUUCUAAAUAUAUAAAAAUAGGGUCUAGAUAGCAGAUUAGAGUAGAAAAAUCUCCCCCUUUCAACUGUUUUGUUUUAGUCUUUUUAAACCUUUUAAGUGAUAUGAUACUGUUACAAUGAUGUUGAGCCAAAUGGUGUAAUGGGGGCCUCCAUUUUGGUUUACCCUCAUUUUCUUUUGUAUUUGUUUCAUGCUGCAUUGAGUGAUCACUAUCGUUGCCCCGGUUUUCUCUUUU